AUGCCUACCCUUCCCACUUUUCUUUCGGUAUCGCUGCCUGUGGUUCUGGCUGCUCUAAUUUACCAGCUAGGGCUGCCCGCUUUCAUCAGCGAAUACGUACCAUCCACGUUGCUUCCAAAUCUCUUCGUACCCACAUACUGCUACAAGUCUGUCAGAACGCUUUCGUCGGAGUUCCCGCAUGCCGAGUGCUUUACCACCCACGACGGCAAAUUCUCCAGUGUCUUUGUAGACAAUGCAGCCCCUGAUGCGGUCAAGGAAUCCCGCACAGGUUACGUGUAUCCUGGUUUUUGGGAUGGACACGGUCACUUGAUCCAGUUCGGAGAAUCUCUAGAUUCAGUGAGCCUCUUUGGCGCCGAUUCAAUGGAUGAGAUCAAGAGGAGACUGUUGGAUUAUAAGACAGUCCGUCCAGAAAAAGGAACUAGCGAAGUGCCGGCAAAGGGUGUCUUCUGCGACAAUGCCAUGGAUAUCGUGCUGGAGUAUUACCCAAAGCCGACAAAAGCGCGCAAAACCGAGUUCAUUAAGACUGCGAUGGCAGAGUUGAACAAACAUGGUAUUGUUGGGAUGCACGACGCCGGUGUAGUGCCGGCAGAUUUGGAGCUAUACGAAGAGCUCGCGAACGACCCGGACUGGACUGUGAGAGUCAAUGCGAUGAUCGAAUGCGACGUCCGGAACACGUUUUGUCCCCAGGCGGUCAGGAAAGUUUCGACUCCGAAUGGCCGGUUUCAUGUGAAGAGCGUCAAGCUUUUCGGAGGUUUGUAUACACGGCCCACUCUCAACAAGUGA